AUGCACACACCAGACAGUCGCCAGGCGAUUGUGCUUGGCGUAUGGUGGCUGACGAUUGUAGUGCUGAUGAAUGCCUUCACAGGACACAUGAAGGCCACCAUGAUGCUGCGUCCCGAACGACAGCGCAUAGACAGCUUUUUGGAUUUGUCCCGUCAGAAAGACAUAACGCCCUUUCUGUGGAAAGGGGGCGCCUAUGAAGAUCUUCUCAAGAAAUCCGUCGACGUGGAAGAGUACCGCGGCGUAUGGAACUUGAUUGUUAAGCGUCACGGCCUGCAAGACGAAGCGCUGUACAGCGACGAAAAUCUCCGAAUGGUUCUCGAAGGAAAAGCUGUAAUCGUCAGCGACCACACAACGAUGCUCUACCACGCUUCUCGUACCUGUCGCCAGCAUCUCGCUGCCGGGAGGUACUACUUCGCCAAGCAACCCACCUUCCCCACCCCACUGUCAAUGGCCGUGCACAGAUCCGUUGACCCGACACUUCGAAAAUUCAUCGACGAAAGGUAA